AUGAGCACCGAUCCUGAGACUCCCGACGGCGUUGACGAGCCCGACCAUCAAGAUGAUGAUCAGCUGGAGACCGACGGCGACGAUGACGCUCUUAAUGAUAUCAGCAUGCACGAUCAAGACGAGGAUGAAGGUGGAGCCGAUGGCAAACGCACCCACGGUAGACAAUAUACCGUGGUUGAGGACGAACCUCCCGACUACAGCGUCUUCGACAAUCCACCGAAUCUUGCCGAUAUGCGUCAGCGACUCUUCAGUCUGGAAAACCCGAUCCAACUAUCCACAGCAGAGUGGCAUACAUACUUUCCAUUUGUGGACAACGUCUGGCGUAAGAUGAGGACAACAGAAUCCCAACCAGAAGACCGUACCAUCACGGUGGAAUAUUAUGCCUGCAGACUACGUCGUGCCAGUGCAAAGUCAUACACACCUCGCCCGACGCCGGAGGGCAAACAACAGAGGAAGAAACGGACGCGCGACGAGAAGACAUGUGCCAUGACGAUGAAGGUCGUUUUCAACCCGGGCGACACUUGUACCAUUUCUCGUGCUACUGAUGGGGUGGUCAAACAUUCCCAUGACCUGGACUACAUUGACGGGACGAAAAGGAACACUGGCAUCAUGGACACCGCUCGCCGUGAGGCUGCCAAGGCGUAUAUGCCAGCGUCAAUCUACUGGAAGAUGUGGGAAGAGCCGGAGAAAAUGCACGCUGCAGGGGGGAAGUUUAUGAAGAUGUCAGACGUUCGGAACGUGCAAUAUGCCUGGCGACAGGGGCAUCAUCAGACGGGCCUCAAAGCACACAAGGGCUUCACUUUACAACGCGCGCGUCGAGAGCCGCCUGCACCACCCCCUCCACCAGCCCCUCAAUUUCAGCCUCCGACACAACCUGGUGGUGUCUUUGGUCGAUUGGAGCCUGUCAAACCAGAUGCGCGGAGUGAACCGGCCGUGCGUUGGGACACUCUACAGUAUCCACAUCAUGCCAGGGGCUUUCUGGAACCCUAUGUGCCUGACCCGAAAUUGGCACAUGUGCGAACGCGACCCCAUGUCACGCUCACUUGGGCGAGUAGUUUGGACAGCCGGAUCAGCCAAGUCCCAGGUGUUCCCACGGCCAUUUCUGGUCCCGAGACGAAAGCUAUGACACAUUAUCUACGAAGUCGACAUGAUGCCAUCCUGGUCGGUGUCGUCACGGCCAUAGCAGAUGAUCCUGCCCUCAAUUGCCGACUCGCUAAUUCAACCGGCUAUGGUGGGCUCGCCUGGGAAUUUCAACCUCGACCGAUCAUUAUCGAUCCUCACGCGCGCCUACGAAUUCACCCAGAGAUGAAGGUGCUGAAAACUGCAUCUGAGGGUCGUGGUAAGGCGCCCUGGGUCGUGGUCGCGCCAGGAGCAAUGCUGCAUCCUGUUGCUGUGAGCACACUGAAAGCCCAUGGUGGAGAGUACCUCAUGAUCAAUGAUUAUAUCCCUGCACAAGGUGGAAUGAACUGGGAGGGUAUUUUCAAUGUCUUGUUCCGUGAAGGCAUAAAGAGCGUCAUGGUGGAAGGAGGUGGGGUCGUUCUCUCCGAGCUGCUGAGGAUGCAUCGCUCACAUCUAAUCGAUUCUGUCAUCCUCACUAUUGCACCGACCUUUUUCGGGAAAGCCGGCGUCAUGGUGUCCCCGGAGCCGGCCUACGAUCAAGGAGGACGGCCUCUCGCGACGCGGCUCCGGAACGUGAGAUGGCAACCCAUGGGAGAAGCAGACGUGGUUAUGUGUGGUCAUAUGAACUUUGACUAUCCGCGCCCUUCCAAUGGUAUGCUGCCGGGCAUUGAAGAGUACUCCAGGGCAGCUCCUCCAUCGAAUGGUCCACAGGGUAGUCCACCUUCGACCUCCCAUUACCCUCAUCAACCGCCCCCACAGCAACCACCCUCACAACAGCAACCACCACCACCACCAACACCACUACCACCCCAACAUCGACCGCCCCCGUCCACGCAACCGCCUGCAGUACAGAUUCAUGGGCAGAACUCCACGGGCGCUCCUGCUCCGUCAGCGACUCCCGUGCCGCAACCUCCUGCACCACAAUCUGCACCUGCACCUGCCCCAGCUUCUGCUAAUGCUGCUUCAAAGUCGCCGUCCUAA